AUGAAGGAAGGGGGCCAAGGACAGGUUGAGGUGGAUGUGAGGGAGUUGCCGCUGGAUCAGGGGAGGCUUGUAGUUAUUAUUUCGGGUGAGAGAAUUGCAGGGCUAAAGGGCCAGGAUGGGUGGGAUGCGUUGCAAAAGGCUGAGGACAAUCCAGCCGCGAAGGAUACCUGGGUGCAGGUUUCGCCUUGGGAUGAGGAGGUUGAGAGCAGCAGCGUGGGAGCUGGGGAGACGCUGUACUUGGAGAAGAUAGUGAGCCGGUAG